AUGCGGCUGCCGCGCAAGGAGUUUCUGCGCGAUUUCUGGAGUCGCAGCUCUUCCGAACUCAGGGCUGAAGUGGUGUACAAAGAAAGACAUCAGAUCCUCUUCCUGGGCGAGGCGAACUUCAGCUUCGCCGCCGCCGUGCAAAAAAGCUUCUGCGACGCCACAAGUGGCGGCAUCACAGCCACCAGCUACGAGUCGAAGGAGGAGCUACUGAAGAGGUUCCAGAUCAAACGACGCUUGCGCGACUUGGAAAGGGAUUGCAAUGUCUUCUAUUCCGUUCCCGUUGCAACUGCUGGACGGCGUUUCCGCGCCAAUUCCUUCGACAGCGUGGUGUUCAACUUCCCGUUGGCGCCGAAAAUGGAGCAGUUGGAGCAUGCAAAGGUUAUGCAGGAGAUGUAUCAGGAUCUGGGCCAGUUGAUCACAGACUACCUGGAAGCUGCUGCGCUUCUCCUAAAAGCAGGAAAAUGUGCGAUGAUUUCCGAAGAACAGGUCAAGAAUGGACCAUGUGGAGAGGCGCACCUGCGGCUCACCGACCAGCAUUGCAAGCUGGCGGCAGGGUACGGCCUUGGCGCCGCUGCGGUGUCCGAGCGGACUGGAGCUAGAAAGGCGCUUGGAUUUCGGAGAGGCGUUCGAAAAGGUCUACCAGCCGCUGGGGUACCGACCCACGAUGGUUGGAAGCGAGGGAAGUUUUCGUGUGCGUCACGCAAGCACCUGGCUGUUUACCAAGCGCUCAAGUUCAACAAGUCUUUUUCGGAGCGGAGCGACGGAGAAAAGUGGCGCUGGCGGUCGACGUGGUUUUUAUGGCUCGUGAUGGAUCAAUAUGAGUGGAGAAUGGAUCCCAGUAGGCACGUCGCCUCACAGCUGGGCAUCGUAGGCGAGACGGUGGAAGACUGUGAAUUGUCUUUCCUCCAGACAGAAAGGCUUGGAAAGGGCACGGCGAUCGUGUCACGCGAUGCGCCUGCGCCUGCGCCUGCAAUGCCCUGGUUGGCACCAGCCUUUGAGAAUGCGAGGAAUCGGCUGAAUCGACUGGCGGAUCCGAGCUGCAGAGGUCUCCCAGCAAACUGGCAACUUGAUGACAGCUGCGACAGCUUGCCGCAAGCGCAUUUGCAUAGGCACGUGACGGUCCCCGACGUCUUCGCCCAUGUAGCAUCGCCACCGAUGUACUUUACGGAGGGCCACAUCAGCUUGUUGGGAAAGGUGGGCACAGGACUUGGCGCCGUACUGAUCAUGGCAGUCAUUGCUUGGUCCUUCGGGGAGGAUAGGUCGAAUGGCCAGGAGCAGCAUGGCGACUCACCGCACUUCUGGAGAAUGCUGAACUAUGCAGACCGAUACAACAUUUCAGUGGCUAUUAUUAAGAUUAGCCAGGAGAGGGGGUAUGACAAGCGCGUGUCACCCGGUGGAAGCGAGUUGGGUCGAGUGCGGAUGGCGAUGGAAGCUGAUGGAAACCUGCAGGAAAUGAUGAAAACUUUCAUUGUUCACAUUGGCAUUUGGACACCUGGCUUCUCCGGAUGUGUUGGGAGCCUUCAACACGCUGCUAGUGGCGCCUUGGCCACCGAAAAGGUGCCCAAGAAGACAAUGGAGAUGUGA